AUGCAGUCCGUUUUCUCCUCAGUUCGAGACGGCCUGGACGCCGACUGCUCGAUAUGCUACGAGCAGGUCGGCCGCGUCAAGCCCGAGGGCACCAUUGAGUCGUGGCUGCACUUCCCCUGCGGUCACCGCUUCGGCAGCCUGUGCCUCCUCAACUGGCUCUUCGCCGACACCGUCACCAAGUUCGACUGCCCCAUGUGCCGCCGCCUGCUGCACUGGGAAUGCGGCCACCUCGCCGUGCCGAGCCCCGCGCCCUUCAGCAGGAAGGAGGUCGCCUGGUACGCCGCCGAGCCGCGGCGGCCGCUGCCCGGGCCCUGCGAGUUCUGCCAGGAGUGGUACAAGGCCGGGUUCCGAGAGCGCAUGGAGCGCCGGAGCAAAAAGGUCAUGCGACUACUUCGGGACCGCAAGGCGUCGGUCCUGCAGGCCAUACUCGUCAGAGCACGCGUCGAGAGGGACUAUCGUGAUGAUGUGUGGAGACACUGGUACACCGAGAGGCUGGACGAAGCUCUCAUGGAUGGAGACGUCUUGUGGCCUCCAAAGAGGGGACCAGCGAGGAGCAAGUGA